ACCACUUGACAGUAGUCAAAUUGAGAUAUAUAUAUAUAUAUUAAUUGAAAUAAGCGGAAACAGGAUUUUCCGAUGCAGCUGGCUUUAGACUUUUGAAGCCAUGGGCUUUGAUUGUUUCUGUUUUGUCCCACCACAACCACAAGAGGCGCAGGCAACUUAACUCGACUCAACUACCAAAUAUCAUCAUAUCUCCAAAUUAGAGCUCUGAACAAGCAACAUACAUACAUAGAUCUGAUAUGGAAUUCUUCCAACUAUUCAGCUUCUUCACCAUCCACAAGGAAUCCAUUCUUCUUCUUCCCAAAAUCUGGACACUCACAACCCCAAUUGCAGCCAUUUCAAUCAUAUUCCCAUCCUUUUUUUUCCUCAUCUUCACCCACUUCCUCCACGCCGCAACCGAUGAAGCCAUCCUCGCAUCCGACUCCUUCUACAUAUACUUGCUCAUGUUCUUCGUCUCCGAAAUCAUCUUCGUAUUUGUAUACAUCUUGUUGGCUCACUUAUCCGGAAUUUCAACGAUCAUCACAACAGCCUUAGCCUUAGCCUACCCCAGCAACAGCAAGCAGUCGCCGUCAGAUCUGCUGGCCCGACUCAAGAGAACAAGGAGAAGGCCACUCAAGUCGAAUUCCUUGGUUUCCAGGAAGGCAGCCUUUGCCACUGUGAUUCUCGGAGUUUCGUUUGCUGUCCUAAUGAUAUACGGUCUGAUCAACGCUCUAACUGUAAGCUUGCUUGCGGUGCUUGCGAUGGGGCUCACAGUUUACCAGCUGAAAUCGUCGGUUGGUUGGAUGCUGGCCCACGUGGCGUCGGUUGUCGAGGAGAUUAGCGAUGCAGCCGUAGCUGCGGAAAGAGGGGAGGCUCUUGCGGAAGGGCAGAGAUUGGAGGGGUUCAUGAUGAACCUAUUCAGCAAUAUAGUGGUGUGUGUGUGCUUUGUGGGUUUUGUGAUGAUAGUGGGCGACAGAGGUGCUCUCAACAUCACCGUAUAUGGCCUUUCUUUUCUGGUAUUCAUGGGAUUGGUGAAGAUAUAUUUGUCGGUUGUGGUGACGGUGUUCUACUUUCACUGUAAGAAGUGUCACGGUGAGAAGAUAGACAUAGACGACGAUAAUCGUGUGGUGGGAGAAGCACUGUAUACGAAGCUGCCCGUAUCAGAUUCAGCUUCAGACUCGGUUCUGAUAAUCUUAAUUCUCAUGAUUUCCAGAAAUUCAUCUCAAAAGAACAUAUUCCUCAAAUAGCAUAUCAGGUAAAAAGCCAACAACUAUUUUGACUGAUGAAGAUGAAGCAAAGGCCAAAACCUUAGCUUCUAAAUAGCCAGAGACACCCCACAGGUUAUGUAUUUGACAUAUAUAUCAAAAUGCUGCUAAACAUUUAGGUGGAAUUUUUGAUAAAUUUAAAGAUUUUGCACAUGAUUUUAGUAUGUGUGUAUGAUUUUGAGAAGAAGAUGAUUUUUAAAUUGAAUGGAAUAACAUGCUUGAAAAAAAUAAUUUUCAAAAUAAUGAUUGGUUGAAAAUAUUAUUCAAUAAAAAAGAAAAAUGGGCAUUGGUUUAUGGUCGUCAAUAUUUUUGUGCUGACAUCACUACGACACAAAGAAGCGAAAGUAUGAAUAGCGUGGUUAAAAGGUACGUCAAUUACAAAAAUAGUUUACGUCAAUUCUUUGAAUAUUUUGAAAAUUUGCUUGAUAAUCGUCAUUGUGAGGAGUUGAAAGAUUAUUUAAGAUCAAAUACAAGUACUCCUGCAUUAUCUUUUUCUACUCAAUUGUUAAAAUAUACAAGCAGAUAUCUAUACUCCUGACGUAUUUAAAUUA